AUGACGUGGUUGUUUUGCGUGUUCGUCGGUGUGGCUCUGCGACUCGAAUACCUUCUCGCCAAGCACAUCCUCGAGUCGCGUUUCCCCGAAUGGACCAACAACAAGCGUCGCAUUUUCGCGGUUCGCGUCGUCUCGUGCACGCAUGCCACCAUUUCGGCACUCGGAUGUAUUUGCAGUUUGCUCUUCGAUCUGAACCUUGUGAGGGAACCAUAUGAAUACAGCAACAGCUCGGCAGCCUACAUUUUUCUCUUCUCAAUGGGUUAUUUCCUGUACGAUUUGAUGGACAUGUACAUUCACGGAGAGUUGCCCAACUCAAAGGAGUAUUUUGUGCAUCAUUCAUUGGUCCUCAUCGCCUUUUCGAUUAUUUUAUUAUCCGGGCGCCUCUUCGGCUUCGCGAUGAUCGGUCUUUUGGUUGAGGUGCAAACGAUUUUCCUGCACGUGCGCACAAUGGUUCGACUUCUCGGAGCGAGUCGAGAGCAUAAAAUGUACUCACAUCUCAUCAAUCUCAACAUGUGGUGUCUCUUCGUCUUCCGCCAUUUGCCCAUCACCUUUUUGUUGUACUUCUUGACGGUGAAGGAUGAUAAGGUUCCAACGGUGCUUCGAUUGUUCCUCGUCGGUGGGCUCACCUUCCUCGAAUAUCACAACACUCAUCUCACGAUCUCGAUGGCCAAAACGGAUGGUUUCUUUGGUUUUCCGGGUGUGGCCACAUUGGAUGAGGACAGCUGUGAUCCGUUGGGAGCGGUGAAUAGUGAAAAGGAGAAAGCAGCGAAACCGGCAAACGGCCACUCGAUCACCAAUGGGAAAGCAAAGAGAAUCGAC